AUGCAGGGGAUGGUCUCCACGGUGAUGGCCGGUCCCCCGCCCGUAAAGCGACGUGUGGAGCUGCCGCAGGGCGUCGUCGUUUCGGUCUUGCAGGAAGGUGAUCAAGAGCACUUUCCCCAGCAGCGUGUUGUGGCCCACCUGGUGGGCCGCCUGCCUAGUGGCUGCGUUUUUGAGAGCACGGCGGGCAAAGGGCAACCUCCCAUGACCAUGCUCUUGGGCAAGAAGGCCAUCAUCCCGGGAAUGGAGCUCGGACUGAAGGAGCUGUCCCUGGGGUCCAUCUCAGAGAUCCACAUCCCUGCAGAUCUGGGCUAUGGGGAGACGGGUGUACCACACAUCGUCCCCCCAAACAGCAAUCUGCUCUUUGAGGUGCACGUGCUGGAGGUCGACGGGCUCAAGGCUGCUGGGGAGAAGGCCUCCAAAAAGGAAGAGGCUUGGCAGGAGGAGGGCAGAGAGGAAGGCAAGGAAGGCAAGGAAGGUGAGGAAGGUUGCAUGCGGCUGCCUUGGUGGCUGGCCCGCGUGGAGUCGCUGCCACCUUCGCAGUACUACCUGAACUUCUGCAACUGGACUGCCCGGGGCCUCGUCCCGCCCCUGCUCGAGUCAGCCCGAACUCUCGCGCGAAGGCGCAGCAGCGAGUUCGACUGCUUCGAUGUCGGGACGGCUGAGGAGCCCUUCAUCCUGGUAGACAUGCAAGAAGGCUGGCCGGCACAGGACACCUGGGACCUCGCGUGGCUCGCGGCGAAGCUGGGCCACACGCGCCAGCUCGUGAAGUGGCUCGGCCCCAUCUUCACUCGCCAAGAGAACCUCUGGGAAGCACCCGUAUACGAAACAUCUCUGAGCGAGUAUACCAGCUACAUCCAGGACUUGGAAAAGUUGGACCCAGAUUCCCGAGCCGAGAACGCAGCAAGCUGUCCGAGGCUCUACUUGAACGGCUGGCCGGCCUUCGCUCAGCUGCCGUGGCUUCGGAGCCAUGUCGUUCCUGGGGGUGAGGAAGUCGCAGACGCUGCCGCCUCAGCGGAUAUGAUCCUGGAGGACCUGAACUCCUUGCUGAUCCGAGAGUCCGAGGCGCUCCGCGAGUCGCUCCUCGAGGGCUUGACGGCCCGUGGCAGCUAUCAGCCGCCUGAUGCAGAGGAGCAAAAGCAGAAGCUGCAGAAUGAGGACUGGGACUUGACGAAAGUCUUCAUCUCACCGAAGGGUGCAAUUACAAGAUUGCACUAUGACAACGGUGGCGCGCAUGCCUGGCUGUCGCAAAUGGAAGGCCGCAAGAUGUUCGUGUGCUUCCCUCCUUCAGAUGGGCAGCAUCUACAUCCCUUCGAAGGCGACGAAAGCCUCAUGAACGGCUCAUGGCUGGAUCCCUUGGACCCGGAGGUCUUCCAGAAGUGGCCGGAUGCGCGGCGUGCCACGCCUUACAUGGCCGUGGUCGAGCGGGGCGAAACGAUCGUGGCGCCCAAGGGUUGGUGGCACUACGCCGUGUCGCUGGACACCUCGGUCACGAUCAUGCGAAAUUUCUACAGCACCAGCAACCAGUGGGACCUGAUCCAGCGCAAGGACAGUGGGCUGGCAAGCGCCAUCGCAACACAUGUGCUUCGAAAACAGCCCAAGCUCAAGAACCAACCAGACUCAGUCAUCAAUGAAAUUGCUAACAAGACGGUGCACAAGCUUCGCGAGACCUUCAUCGAGAAUCGGCGGAAAGGGGCGCAGCAGUGA